AUGGAUAAGGAAUGGAGAAAAAACGAGUCCAGGGAAGGAAAUCCGUGUCAAAGGGAAGCCGAGUGCGGAAAGGAUUCGAGCGUGGUCAAGAGUGUUCCCGCUGGAAUACUGCGUGUCGAUUCGGGGAAAUCUAGGAGGACCUCUAUGGAUUUGAAAUUACUGUCUCAGUUCGAACCUGCGUCCCCUCAACCAUCCGUGGACCGGUUAUCCGUGACCUUCGCAGAUGAUUCUAUAAAGGGAGAAUUCUCGCCCAAGCUAUUAGACAAAAUGCAAUUCCCCACGAUAGCAGAGGAAGAGGAGGAGGAAUAUUCGAACAGUGUUACAGCUAUAAUGCAGAGGAGAGCUUCAACCAGAAGAUCGAAGAAACGCGGAAGACGGGGAAGUUCUCCUUUCAGUCCGGACAUUCUUCCCGAUGGGGAGAACGGAAGACGAAGAUCUUCAGUUUUCACCACCAGCAGCGGAGACACCGGAAUCACAAUCGAAGACAGUUUGAUGGCUUCCGUAUCGCAGGAUCAGAUUUUCGAAAAUAUUCGUUUGCAUAAAGAAGUUCUUAGCAGUGUUAAGAUGCAGCCGUGGAAUAUGCGGAAAAAGCUGCGUUUGGUUAUUCAAGCUAAAAAUUACAUUAAGAAACAUGAGGGAGCGUUGCAGGAGAGAUUGGCUCAAAGCCAUUCCACCAAAGAUAUGUUGGCCAGAUUUAAUAUCUACUUAAUCAAAAAAUGGCAAUACGUGAAACGAGAGGCUGCAAAUAUGUCGAAUUGGUUUAUACCGUGGGAGUUGCGGAUCAAAGAGAUCGAAUCGCAUUUCGGAUCGGUUGUUGCUUCCUACUUCAUAUUCCUCAGGUGGCUGUUUUGGGUGAAUCUCGUCAUUUCCAUUAUUCUCGUUGCGUUCAUCACCGUUCCAGAGAUGCUAAAAACUCAUUUGAACGUGGACACUCAAAGAAAACUCAUCUUGCCUGAAGAUAAAUACAAUUCGACAAAUUUCUUAACGCUUUGGGACUUCGAAGGAGUCUUCAAGUAUUCCCCAAUGUUCUACGGCUGGUAUUCUGAUAAGGACCCAAACGAUAAAACGCCCUUAACUUACUUCCUGACCGGUUUGGCCGUCUACAUUUAUAGCUUCGUGGCGACUCUUCGAAAGAUGGCCAAAAAUUCUCGUAUGUCGAAGUUAUCCGAAAAGGAAGACGAAUGCAUAUUCUCAUGGAAAUUGUUCACCGGAUGGGAUUACAUGAUUGGAAAUGCUGAAACUGCACAUAAUAGAGUGGCUUCUAUCGUCAUGGGUUUUAAGGAAGCGCUUUUGGAAGAAGCUGAGAAGAAACGUGAAGCUAAAAAUUGGAAGAUUAUUGGUAAACGCGUGUUGGUUAAUAUAGGCGUUUUGGGGCUACUGGCUUUAUCUGCCUUUGCUGUCGUUACUGUAGUUGAUAGAUCUAAUGAGAAAGAAGCUAAUAGCACAACAUGGAGGAGGAAUGAAAUCACCGUCGUUAUGUCUCUAAUAUCACUCUUUUUCCCUAUAUUAUUUGAGUUAUUAGGCUUCUUUGAGAAUUACCACCCGAGGAAGCAAUUGCGUCUGCAAUUAGCAAGGAUCAUGGUUCUCAAUUUAUUGAAUUUAUAUUCCUUGAUAUUUGCUCUUUUCGGUAAAAUAAGCGUUAUGACUAAUCGUCUGCAAUCGUUAAAACCAAAUAUAACGGAAACUUCGAUUAUAGCAGAAGAUGUAACGAAAGGUUUUACUUACACAAGCCUUGAUGCGACAACAGCAAUGUCUUCUACAACUGAUAACUAUUAUUACGAUGAUACAACUAUGAUGCAGAAUGUAACUGAUAUUUAUACAAUAUUAUCAAAUGCAACGGAAUUCCUCAUUUUGAAUAUAACCGAUGUAGAAAAUUUUACUUUAUCCAAUAUAUUGACCAGUAUGAUUAAUAAUAACUACAGCACUUUAUCAGAUUUAGAAGAGUUGAUUGGUAAUAUCACUGCUAAUAUUACUGGUAACAUUAUUACUACUAUUGAUUUCAAUGAAACAUUGGAGAAUGCUACAUACUAUAUCGAAGACGAUAAUGCAACUUAUUCACCAGAACACCUCUUGAAUUUAUUGGCAGAGUCUUUGGUUCUUGGCAAUGUUACGGAAAACGAUAAUGAAUUGAUGAAUUACCCAACUGAUUAUAAAUCUCGAAGUAAAUUAAGAAGUUUAUGCUGGGAAACUAUGUUCGGGCAAGAACUGGUGAAAUUAACAGUCAUGGAUUUGGUUUUGACCGUUCUAUCAACAUUAGCUAUAGAUUUCUUCAGAGGGAUCUUCGUUAGGUACAUGAAUAACUGCUGGUGUUGGGAUCUGGAGAAGAAGUUUCCGCAGUACGGAGAUUUCAAAGUUGCCGAGAACAUUCUUCACCUAGUGAAUAAUCAAGGUAUGGUCUGGAUGGGAAUGUUCUUCAGUCCGGGUUUAGUUAUUCUCAACAUCUUCAAAUUGUACAUCAUGAUGUAUCUAAGAUCAUGGGCCGUCCUCACUUGUAAUGUACCGCACGAGGUGAUCUUCAGAGCUUCCAGAUCGAACAACUUUUACUUCGCUCUGUUACUGAUGAUGCUGUUUCUCUGCGUUCUACCUGUUGGGUAUACUAUAGUUUGGUUAGAGCCGUCCUGGCAUUGUGGCCCUUUCUCUAAUUACGAGAGAAUCUUUCACGUAUUCACGAAGACCAUAAAGAUGGCACUUCCAAAGUCUUUCCACAAAAUUUUAGAUUACAUUGCAUCACCCGGUAUCGUCAUUCCGCUGCUCGUUUUACUAAUCUUAAUCAUUUAUUAUUUGAUCUCCUUAACCAAUGCUUUACGAGAGGCCAAUGAUGAUCUUAAGAUUCAAUUGAGAAGAGAGAGGACGGAGGAGAGAAGAAAGAUGUUCCAAAUUGCGGACAGACGUCGCAGAGGAUCAGGAGAAUUCAACGCUCCAUUCUCGAAAUGGAAGAGAAUACUGCACGGAUUGCCGAGCGGCAAGAGCUUCGAUGAAACACCGAAACAAGAGUCCGAGGUGAUACCAGAGGAGAAAGGUAUGACCAACAAAGGAAUCCUCACUAAAUUCAUACUGCGGUCACUGAAAACCCAGAGACCGUCGAUCUCCGAUGAGGACGGAACGGACACCGAAUUGCACGAAUCUUUACCUGACGACGCGUCGGCCUUGAAGGAGACUAAACAAGAGACGCCAGACGAUAAUAACAAGCACGUUAAGAUCAGCGAACAUCGACUGAAACGCGAAGACUCGAUCAUACCGGUGAUCAGGAUCAGUAAAACCGAAAGUUCCGAAUGCAUUCUCGAGGAUAAAGGAUCUCCGAAACUUCAAGUUGAUGUAGAGAAAGAGAGUGGUGAGAAGAUCAAGUACGUGUUGAAGAAACAAUCGAAGGAUGGAACUGUUAAAAGCGAUUCUGAUUCGGGUUCUUAUAAAGCUGUUAAACGAUCUUCGAGCAACGGCACUGACACUAAUGCUCCCGCUAACGAUCUAACGACGACCACCGAAAGUAGUUCCGAUUAUAAGGACAGUACUCUGAGCAAUGAAAAUUAG